AUGGACCAAGCCGUAUAUGAAGUUCUUUCACGCGUUCUUUCACCAGAUCCCAAUGUACGAAUGUCGGCUGAGCUAAGACUGAAAGAACUAAGUAACGUUCCUGUAAUUAAUUUAAAAAAUUAUGUGGUUUCGCAUUGGUCUUCUACCUCAGAAACAUUUGCAGGGGUAGAAGCUACUGAUGAGGUAAAAGCAAUUGUACGCGAAAUUAUAUUCAGUGGAUUGUCUGAUCCAUCAAAUAAAAUCCGUGUUGCAUCGGCAUAUGUUAUAUCAAAAAUUGCACAUAAUGAUUGGCCUGAUUAUUGGCCUGACCUCUUAGACUUAUUGAUAUCGCUUUUAAAAACCGGCUCACCAGAGCAAGUGCAUGGUGCGAUGAGAGUUAUGACCGAAUUUGUCACACAUGAUAUCACAGAAAUCCAAUUUUCUCAAAUUGCUCCCAUAUUACUACCCGAACUAUUGAGAAUUCUACGAUCCGAUCAAGAACAUCCCGAAGCAACAGAAUCGUUUCUAAUGGCACCUGUUAUUCCAGAUUGGUUACAAAUUUUUAUCUCCAUUUUGAAGCAACAUACUACAGACAAUGAAGAACGUGAAUUUGAAGAUGACUUUGUUAGCACUUGUCAGGACUCUGAUGGGGAAGUUUUCGGCUUUGA